AUGACAAUGACUCCUGCUGCUGCUUUCGAGGCCCUCAUGGAUGGAGUGACAAGCUGGGGUAUCCUGAAAGGCUCCAUCCCCUGUGAACUCCUUCUUACUGGAGAGGCCGCCUUCCCAGUGAUGGUGAAUGACAAGGGCCAGGUCCUCUUUGCUGCCUCCUCCUACGGCCAAGGCCGCCUGGUGAUUGUCUCCCAUGAGGGCUACCUGAUGGAUGCCGGGUUGGCUCCAUUUCUUCUCAAUGCAGUGGGCUGGCUGUGUCCCUCCCCUGGGGCUCCCAUUAGAGUGCACCCAUCCCUGGCAUCACUAGUAAACAUCCUUCAGAGCUGUGGAGUAGAGGCACAGAUUGGGACAGAACCAGGUGAGCCCCUGGGGGCUUACUGCAUCAGUGCCUACAGUGAUAUCAUGACGGAAAAGCUGAUCCAGUUUGUGAAGCAUGGAGGGGGCUUGCUCAUUGGGGGCCAAGCCUGGUCUUGGGCCAGUCAACAUGGCUGUGACAAGGUGCUGUCCAGGUUCCCCGGGAACCAAGUGACAAGUGUGGCUGGAGUGUACUUCACUGACACCUGUGGGGAAACAGGCCACUUCAAAGUCUCUGCACAGAUGCCCAAGAUCCCACUCCAAGUCAGAUUUGGGGAGGAUCUCAGUCAGGAUCAGCAACAGCUCCUGGAAGGGAUCUCAGAGCUGGACAUCAGUGGAAAGCAACUGUACUCCCAUAUUCUGGUGCAUGGGGCCCUGGCCUUUCCUUUGGGGCUAAAUAACUCACUUGGAUGCUUUCUUGCAGCUACCCACUAUGGCCGUGGUCGGGUGGUGCUAAGCGGCCAUGAGAAUUUUAUACUCGAUCCCAGGAACCACCUGUUUGUACUCAAUGCUCUGCGCUGGCUAGUGGGGCACCAGAAAGCAAGAAUUGGACUGAGUUCAGAAAUGCUAAAGCUGGGUCCUCUGUUAUCAAACAACAACUUGGAGUGGGGUAGCACAAACCUUCUGACGAGUGACUUGAGUGUCUUUUGCUGCACUUCAUUAAGAAACCUGGAAAUCAAGAAGGUGGAGGCGUUUAUUGCAGAGGGUGGGGGUUUGCUGACUGGCAGCCAGGCCUGGUGGUGGGCUUCCCGCCACCCAAGUUAUAACUAUAUGUCUCAGUAUUCAGACAACAAGCUCCUUACACGCUUAGGCCUUGGCAUCACAGAUGAGAUCAUCAGCGCAGGCCGCUUCCCAGUCCCCAAGCCUGGGGCAAUGAACUACCACUUGCGCAGCGCUCUAUCCCAGUUCGAGGCUGUGCUGUACAACGAAGGCAGAGGCAUGGAAAAGAACUGGCUAGAGAGACUCAUAAAAGACUGUCCCCACUUUUUUCUAAUCCCACAUGAAGGGAUUCCUAUCUAUGAGUCUGUGCACAAAACUGUCUUGAAAAUGGUGGAACAGAAUGGCCUCCCGCUUGUGACUCAGGAAAAUCCAAUUAGUAGGGGCAGCUCGCAGGCUGCCCUGAUAUCCUUGGCCAAAGACAUGGCCAAAUCUGGGACUGACUGCUUUCUGUUGCUCCGGGGUCAGACUCACUCCUUUCUCCAUCCCACAGAAUCUCCUAUCACCAUUGAGAUCAGCUCAGGUAUGGAAUGAAGGGAGGGACUAGGGCACUACAACAGCAAUUCCUGGGUGAGCACUGGACUCUACUUACCUGAAGGACAAAUUGCAGAAUUUACACUGUCUGAUGCCACUGUCACUGCUGACUUGAAGGUACAGAUUGGCUGUCAUGUCGAUAACAUAAGUGGUGCUGGAACUUACCAUCGACCCCCUGAAGUGACUCACAGGUACAGAUUGGACAGAACAAAGAAGUCCAUCUCCUGGCUCUGGGGGGGCCUACUCUACAUCAUUGUGCCCUCCUACAACAAAGUGAGCCCUGUGUCUCUCACCAUCAGUGGGGCUGUGUCUGCACCAUACUUCAAGCUGGGUCAGACAUCCCAGGAGGAGUGGAUGAGGUGCAUCCAGGAGAACCCAGCUCCCUGGGGAGAGCUGGCAACGGACAACAUCAUCUUGAUGGUGCCAACCGCAAACCUCCGUGCCCUGGAGGACCCCGAGCCUUUACUCCGCCUCUGGGAUGAGAUGAUGCAGGCUAUAGCCAGGUUGGCAGCUGGACCCUUCCCUUUCCACCGUCCUGAAAGGGUCAUUGCUGAUGUGCAGAUCUCAGCUGGCUGGAUGCAUUCAGGAUACCCCAUUAUGUGCCACCUUCAGUCAGUGCCUGAGUUCCUUAAUAAUGAGACCAUGAGGUCCACUGGCAUUUGGGGUCUCAUACACGAGCUGGGCCACAAACAGCAGCGGCCCGGAUGGGAGUUCCCUCCCCACAGCAUCGAGGCCACCUGCAACCUCUGGUCAGUCUGUGUGCAUGAGACAGUCCUGGGCAUCUCUCGGGCUCAGGCCCACCCUGCUCUGAGUCCUCAAGAACGAGAGAAGAGGAUCAAAUCACACCUGGACAAGGGGACCCCCUUGCAAGACUGGAGUUUUUGGACAGCUCUGGAAACAUAUUUACAGGUACUGGGCAGAAAUGGAGGGAGAUGA